AUGGCCGAUAUAGAUUAUUCGAAUGUACAAAGAAACGAUGGUGUUUUUAACAACAAGGAUGAACACCAGAGUUUGUUAAACACACCAAAAAAUAUCUCUUCCCUUCUAUCGGACGAAAGAUUGAAUUGCAAAUGUGGAGCAAAAAGACAUAUGAUUAAAAUAAAAAGAGAAUUAGAUCGCAGAGCUAAUAUUUUGGACCGUGAAAAGCAAAACCUUCGAAACAGACAUGAAGAACUUGAAUUCAAACAGAACAAAUUGGCAGAAGCAUUGAAUCAACACUCCUUUCAACAAGAACAACUUGAUUAUUAUAGAGCAUACCUACAAGAUAGACAAAAUAGGAUUUCUACACUGUACCAUAAACUUGAGCUGGCACAAGAUGACCUUACAAAAAAAAUCCAGGAAUUCCAGUCCCUAGAAAUUGAUUGUAAAAAGAAAAGAGCAGAAUAUGAAGCUGGUUUAGAACAGCUAAAACGGAGAGAGAUGAUGGUUUCCGAAACCACUGGAGCUUUAUCCUCUAAAAAGGAAGAACUUGAAAAAUUAGAAAAUACGGUUUUAAGACUAACUGAAAAUAUAAAAUCUCAACAAGAACAACUUAGUUUAACAAAAGAAAGGAUUCAGUCCGAACUACGUCAACACAAUCAGCGCAUUUCCGAAGAGAAUGAGCAAAUCGAGUCUAUUAAGAAAAGGUUGUCUGAAAGGGAGAAUGACCUAAGAAGGGAGAAGGAGAAUCUUGAGGAAACUCUAAGGUCAAAGUCUUUUGAAAUGGAACAGAGGAUAAAAGAAGCCACAGAUGUUGUAGAAUACACUACAAAGCUUGCUGAUCAAAUGAAAUUAAAGGAUGAGGAUUUGAAAAAACAAAAGGAAUUAAUUUCCAUUGAGUGGUCCAAAAUUAAUGAUGAGAAACAAAACUUAAAUAUUGAGAGAAACAGAUUAAACUCCUUAGAGAGAGAUCUAUUAAACAAGUCUAGACAAUUAGAUUUAUCACAUUCCCAAGCCGAUUUAAAUAUUAAUUACCCUAAUAUCCUUAGUGAUUCAGCACUAAGAAACAUUUCAGACGACUCUGAAAAGAAGCCUGAUAAUUUGAAACAUUCACUUUUUGAUUUGAAAAGUAAAGAUGACGAUUAUAAUGAAUUAUCUUCUCGAUUGAGAAACAAAGAGCUUGGGAUAAAAGCAAGAGAGCUGGAGCUAGACAAAUUAGAAUCCACAUUAAAUAAACGGAAACUUGAUUUGGACUCGAGGGAGCAUAAAUUGGAUAAUCUUAAAAACGAAAUCACCAAACUCAACAGGGACCUUGAAAAUAAAAGGGACAGGUACAAACAAUUAGAAACACAAUUAAAUGAUUACAAGGAUAGAAUGGCCUUGCUUUCCAUUGAAAGGAAUAGUCUAGAUGGUCAAAUUGAGCAGUUUAAAGCUAAGAAGAAUGCGAAUCGCCAACAACUAAAUACUAUAAAUCAGAGGUUAUCUCUCAAACGGAAGAAAAUGGAGGAAAGCGUUAAUCAACUUGAUAGUAAAUUUAACCAUUCUGACUUGUUGAACAAGUUAAAUUCUGUUAGUAGUAACAAACGGUAUAAGCCAUUUUUAAUCGCAGACGAACGGGCCCUGAAUUAG